AUGUUACAGGGUUUUCAUUUCAAUACUCGGCUAUUCGAACCUGCUUACGUGAGCAUGAGAAGAGUCUUCCGAGGUGUUGCUAUAGAUUUGCUUCCGUUGCAUAGCAUGUCUCAACCUCUGCGGUCAAUGUUGUUUAGAGAAUGUAGAAGGUUUGUGAGAACAACAUGUCGGGUAUCGAUACCAGGUGUUUCUCUGGGAAAUGAAUCAAAAGCACCUCCAAGGUUUCUCAGGGAUAAAAAGAUUGUCCCAGAUGCUGAUCCUCCCCACAAGGACGAUAUCCAUAAGCUGUAUCAACUUUUUGAGCAAAGUUCUAGACUCACCAUCUUGACCGGAGCUGGGAUUAGCACAGAAUGUGGAAUUCCUGAUUAUAGAAGGUUAUUCAUGUUUACUCAAUCUGAUCAUUCCUGUUCUCCAUGUUCCAUUUGUGUAAUGAUGUUGAGGAAUGGUUAUUUAGUGCAGUCCCAAUGGAGCCUUUCCUCUUACAGUUCUAGACUCACCAUCUUGACCGGAGCUGGGAUUAGCACAGAAUGUGGAAUUCCUGAUUAUAGAAGUCCCAAUGGAGCAUACAGUUCCGGUUUCAAACCAAUUACUCAUCAGGAAUUCACUCGAUCAAGCCGAGCUCGUAGGCGGUAUUGGGCAAGGAGUUACGCUGGUUGGAGACGGUUCACUGCUGCACAACCGGGCUCAGCUCAUACUGCUUUAGCUUCACUUGAAAAAGCUGGACGAAUUGAUUUUAUGAUAACUCAAAACGUUGAUAGGUUGCAUCAUCGUGCUGGAAACAGUCCACUUGAAUUACAUGGCACCGUUUAUACUGUUAUGUGCUUAGAUUGUGGCUUCUCUUUUCCCCGAGACUCGUUUCAGGAUCAGCUAAAAGCUCUCAAUCCUAAGUGGGCAGAAGCAAUAGAAAGUAUUGAACAUGGAGAUCCAGGAUCAGAGAAGAGCUUUGGCAUGAAGCAAAGGCCUGAUGGUGAUAUUGAGAUCGAUGAAAAGUUUUGGGAAGAAGGUUUCCAUAUACCAGUAUGUGAAAAGUGCCAAGGAGUUCUUAAACCUGAUGUAAUCUUCUUCGGAGACAAUAUCCCAAAGGAGAGAGCUACUCAAGCAAUGGAAGUUGCGAAACAGAGCGAUGCAUUUCUUGUGUUGGGUUCGUCUUUAAUGACUAUGUCCGCUUUUCGCCUUGUCAGGGCGGCGCAUGAGGCUGGUGCCAUGACUGCAAUUGUAAAUAUAGGCGAAACAAGAGCUGAUGACUUUGUUCCAUUGAAAAUCGGCAAGAGCUCUGUAACUUUUCAAUCUGUCUUGCCUUAA